AUGGUGCAUGUAAUGAAAGACAAUUUGGGUUUGGCUCAUUCGUUAAGCUUGAGAAAUGAGUGUGGGAUGAAUAGUAUAUUCAGUGAACAGAUACUUGCCGAUAAGCUAUCCAAGCUCAACAGCACUCAACAGUGUAUUGAAACGUUGUCACAUUGGUGUAUAUUUCACCGGAGCAAGGCAGAACUGGUUGUUGCAACAUGGGAUAAACAGUUUCACAGCUCACAGAUGGUUCAGAAAGUCCCCCUCUUAUACCUUGCCAAUGAUAUUCUACAGAACAGCAAACGUAAAGGAAAUGAAUUUGUUAAUGAGUUCUGGAAAGUCCUCCCAGCAGCCCUGAAAGACCUUCUUGAGAAGGGCGAUGAUCGUGGGAAGAAUGUGGUUUCUAGAUUGGUAGGUAUAUGGGAAGAACGGAGAGUCUUUGGGUCCCGAGCACGAAGCCUAAAAGAUGUUAUGCUUGGUGAAGAAAUGCCUCCACCAUUGGAAUUAAGCAAAAAACGUCCACGCUCUACCUCUGUCAGAAUUGUGAAGCGAGACUCAAGAUCCAUUAAAACGAAGUUGUCAAUUGGGGGCACUGCUGAAAAAAUAGUUUCCGCAUUUCAUUUGGUGCUUAGUGAACAGCCAAAUGAGGAUGAAGAGAUGAGCAAGUGCAAGUCAGCAGUUCAUCAUGUGAGGAAGAUGGAAAAAGAUGUGGAUAGUGCUUGUGCAGUUGCAAAAGAUCCAAAGCGAAAAACUUUGUCCCAAGAACUCGAAGAUGAAGAAAAUCUUCUGAAAGAGAGCAUUGAGAAACUCAAGUCAAUUGAAGCAAGUAGAGCAGCACUUGUAUCGCAGUUAAAAGAAGCUCUUCACGAACAGGAAUCUGAGUUGGAGAAUAUUCGAACGCAGAUUCAGGUAGCACAAGCACAGACGGAGGAAGCCUGUAACAUGCGGAAGCAGCUCAGUGAUGAAGAUUAUGUGUCAACAUCAUCUGCUUCAACAAACCUGCCAAUUGAUGCCAAUUCAAAAGCUGGAGAAACACCUAAGAGGACUGCUGCAGCCAUUGCAGCUGAGGUUGCAGACAAGCUUGCAGCUUCUAGCUCCUCUCAAAUGAUCAUGCACUCUGUUCUGUCUACAUUUGCUGCUGAAGAAGCAAAAAAUGCGGUUCUAAGAAAGGCGUCCACACAGUCAAACUCCCUCACAUCUGUACCUGUCAAUUCUGCCACUGAUGGAAUUUCAAAAUCAGAGAAGUCGAUGCCAGUUGCAGAUGCUAAUGUUUUCAUACCAGCACAAGCACUUCCUGCUCCAAUAAACCAUUCUUAUCAAUCAGUUUUAGUGCCUCAACAAGCCAUGCAAAGCCAAACCACAACCUCUCAAGCUCAAUAUCAAAUGCUUCCUAGCAUCCCCUCACAACAGUUUUUGCAGCCAUCAAGGGGAACACUGACUCCAUACCAUAGUUAUGGUGGUAUGCCACCAUUGCCAACUGGAACACCACCACCACCUUCCUAUAUGGUUAGUCCAAUGGUACCUUUGACUCCACAACCGUUGCCAAUAAAUCAGCAGCAGCCAAUUCCAUCAGCUCAGCAAACGGCCCCUUUGACUCAGCAGCAACUGCUGCCCUUAACUCAGCAGCCACCUGUGCCUCCUAGUUUCUGGCCUCUUCAACCGCCAGGAGUGGUGUACUAUGGUCAUCCGCCUCAUUCAUAGUAAAUAUUACAAUCUUUUAGAUUAGGCAGAUGAAAAUUUUGAAAUUUUGUUUGUGAGAUUGGAAUUGUCGAGGUAAUCACUUGUAUAAGUCUCAGAAAAAUCAUACUAAUGGUUCCAAGGAGCAACUAGUGAACAGGCAAGAAAAAGCAAUAUCUUUUCUGCAGAGUUGAAUUUGAAUCUUUCUACAUUAUUUUCUUCUCUACCCAGGGUUUGACUGUCAUCUAUUAUUUGCAAGAAUUACCAAUUCCUUGGUACAGUUGUUGGGGCCUCCAUUUUCUCACAAAGAAAAUGUUGUAUGAUAAAGCCAGAAAAGUGUUGAAAAAUAAUCCCUGAAAGGUGCCAUUAAGUCUUGAGGUUAAAAUGCCAUGUUACUGUGACAUCAAACAUCUCAGCAAGAAAAACCAAUAACUACAUCGCAAUUAUGACAGGCUGGAGAACUCAACCUUUCAAUCUUUAAUAAAAAUUGGCAAAUGGCACAUAAUUCCCAUAAUUGUGUUGUCAUGGCCAGAUGAGAACCAAGCUAGGCCCUUCGGGAUUGAUGGUUAAUUGGUUACCGUUAGUCCUUCGUAGCCAAUGAGAAAAAUCAUAGUAGCAGUGUCUGUCAAAGGUUGGAAAUAAUUAUGAAAUUGGCAAACUAAUG